AUUUGGCUCUGAAAUGUGGUAGAGUAGAAGUAAAGUAGCAUAAAAUGGAAAUAUUCAAGCUAAGUACAAAUACCUGAAAAUUGUGCUUAAGUACAGUACUUGAGUAAAUAUACUCAGUUACUUUCCACCACUGAUCUGUACACGUCAUUAAUGAAACAAACAACAACCACAUGUCUGUAUCGUGUUGGUAAUUAUAGAAAUAUUUCUGGGAUGCUCUCUACAUCACUCCCAUCCAUCAUUUCUCCUGGAUACAAUUUGGCAUAAUGUGUCAGAUCCCUGUGAGGCGUCCGCAGUUCUGAGUAAGAUCAUAACACAGGAGGAUAUUCAGCCACCAGCACGUGCAGAAUGCACGUAGGUGUGUCUGAUCCUACGUGUCUCCAGUCCAGCCCCAGAGUCACACCAAAGUGAGGGAUUCCAGCUCUGGCCUCUGCUGGUCCCAUUCUCGAAGGGCAGGAGUUCUCAUUCAGAGCUCUGCGUGGUCCAUUACUGACUGCAUCCAGCCAACCAAGCAGCCCAGCAGCCAGCUCGCUGGCCAGGUGGUAUGGUGACAGACGACCUUCAGAGACUGCCAGAGGGCAGAAGCCAACUGCACCGACUUUCCAAGACCCCUCGUCCAGUUCAGGGACCACCAAGGAAGUCCCGCAAGAAGCUCCAAGUUAUCAUUUGUGUACUGCUUGUGGAGCUGUGUGAAAGAUUCACUUUCUUUGGGAUUGUAUGCAACAUGAUUCUCUUCUGCACUGUGAAGCUGGGCUAUGAUAACUACCUGGCCGCAACAGUCAGCCUGUGCUUUGUAGGAGCCAGCACCCUGACCCCUGUUCUGGCUGGGUGGUUUGCAGAAACCUGCUUGGGAAGGAAAAAGGUGCUCUACUUGUGUGCUUUCCUUCAUUUCUUUGGUACAGCCAUGCUGCCCGUGGUGGCGUUCCCGUUCGAAGAUUUCUACAUCAACACUCAUCACAUGACGCACCAGCUGGAACCUCGGGAGCAGCAGAUCUUGUUCUACACCGGCCUCCUGGCUGCUGCACUGGGCAUCGGCGGCAUCCGGGCCAUCCUCUGUCCCAUGGGAGCCUAUAGCCUGCAGGGCUACAAUCAGCACCAGCUCCUGUCCUUCUUCAACUGGUUCUACUGGUUGGUCAACCUGAAUUCCACUGUGGUGUUUCUGGGUAUUGCUUACAUCCAGCAGUCCGUGGCCAAAAAUCUGGGCUUCCUUAUCCCCUUCACCUCUGUGCUGCUGGCCCUAAUUGCCAUACACAUGAUGCGGAACAAACUCACUUAUAAACCCAAGAAAGGUGGAUCAUUAUUGACCACACUGGGAGUUUUCUUGAACUCUCUCAAGAUGUGCUGCCUCCACUAUCGACACCUGAGUGGAGAUGUAGCAUCCUGGCUGGACCGGGCCAAGGAGAACAAUGGCGGCUGUUAUAGCGAAACACAUGUAGAGAACGUCAAAGUCCUGGCCAAGCUCUUCCCUCUUUACGGGCUUCAGUUGCUGUACAGAGCCUGCAUCACACAGAUUCCCUCAGGUUACUACAUACAGACGAUGAACUCAAACCUUCACCUGAACGACCACCUGUUGCCCAUCGGUGCCAUGAAUGUGAUCAGCAUCCUACCUCUGCUGCUCUUAGCCCCACUGAUCGAGUUUGUGACUACUUGCUACCUCUCCAUGGAAAAAACUCCUCUGGCACCUGCAAAAGUCAUCACUCUGGGCCAUGCGUGUGCCACUCUGUCGGUCCUGGUGGCAGGUUUGUCUGAGCUGCAGAGGAAGGCUUACCCUCUGGUGGAGCAGACUCUGUCUGGAAAAGUUCUUCAAGUUUCGUCCAUGCCGUGUUUCCAGCUGGCUCCUCAGUACAUCCUACUUGGUCUCGCAGAGGCUCUCGUCACCCCUGCAUGUUCUCUCAUAUCUUUUCAGCUGACCCCGAGCCACCUCAGAGGGAUCUCCCUGCACUUCCUCACUCUGUCCUAUGGCGGGGGCUGCUUUCUUGGAGCCUUCAUCAUUCAGCUGGUGUACUUUCUCUCUGGAGGUAACUUCUACCCAAACAUACUGCAUGAUGGGAAUCUGGAGAGAUUCUUCUUCCUCCUGGCCACACUGAUGGCUAUAAAUACCCUUGUUUUUUGGAGUGUAUCUUACAGGUACAUAGACCUUAGUGUGCAGGGUAAAGCACUGACCAUCAGCCCUCUGACUGAGAAGCUGCUGCAUUACAAGGCUUGUCUGCGGUUCUACGACACUGUGGAUCGCUCCUACACAAACAGCUCCACUGAAUAUAUUUUAUGACUGUCUUCAUUUUGAUCUCUACUGUUAGUGGCGCUGGCGCUGCAUGUUACUAUGUCUGUAACUUGGCGAAAUGUGGGCUGAACUGUAUAAAUGAAAUACAUGGAAUGUAGCCUACAUGUGUUUGUCGUUUAAUAAUAUUUGUGCAUAUAAUCAAACAUGUCUCUUACUGUAUGUCACAAAACCUUUAUUUUACUUUUGUGAGCAUGGGUUGUAUAAGAGUGAAUUAUUCUGAGUUAUGAGAAUGUAAAUAAUAGCACAUUAAAUCAGAUAAACAAUAAACAUAUCAUUAGCAAAGCAUUGUCCUUUAAGUCUAUUAAGUUAAAUCUAUUAAGCUAAAACAAAGUCAGUCUGCUUGAUUGAUUUUUAUGAUAGGUAACAAUAAAGGAUAAGCACUACAGUAGUUACAAUCAUUGAUGUUUAAAAUAAUGAAGGCUAAAAGGCUUAUUUCCACUGUGGCCCUCCAACAUACAACAAACGGCACAACAAAAACAUGAUACCAUAACACCAGUUGAGACAAAACAUACAUACAAUGGCGGAGUGGCACGGCCUGCAUGUUCCAAGCUCUCUUCAUAAUAUAAAUCAGGCUGUAAGUUACCGAGAAA